ACACGAGCAGCCCCGCGUUGUCCCCAGAGCGCUCCCGCGGCGUCCGUCCGUCCGCCCGGCAUGGAGCGCUGCGGGCCCGGGCUCGGCUACGAGGAGCCGGCGGAGCGGGCCCGGCAGCAGGAGCGGCACUACCAGCUGCUGUCCGAGCUGCAGGCGCUGGUGAAGGGGCUGCCCAGGUGAGGGGGGCGCCGGGCCUGAGCCCCCCGCCUCAUGGACACCCGCUAUCGCGAUCGGAAACCCCCCUCCCCGCCGCGCGUGUCGAGCCCAGUCCGGCCAGGCCCGCGGCUGAGCUCUCUGGACGCGGGGCCGUGGGGGGCGGGGGGCAGCGGCCCGGUAGCUGACCAGCCCCCGGGGGGAGCGGGGCUGUGCGGGAAUGCAGCCUCACGCCCCCUCUGCUCUGCCCUCCGGCCGGGCCGCUCCCUGCGGGGAGCUCGCCCUGGUUUCCAGCACAGGGGACUCUCUAGGGGGCUGCCCCACACCCCGGCUUUCCGGGCUCGCCCUGGGCGCUGUCCGCUCCACCCCCGACCCCGCACCCCUUUCCUCGCCCUUUCUCCGCAGCUCCUGCCAGCAGCGUUUAUCGUACACCAUCCUCAGUGACCUGGCGCUGGCACUUAUCGAUGGCACCGUCUUCGAGAUCGUCCAGGGGCUGCUUGAGAUCCAGCACCUGACGGAAAAAAACCUUUACAACCAACGGCUGAAGCUGCACAGCGAGCACCGCGUGCUCAAGCAAGAAAUGUUCCACAGACACAAAGAGGCCCAGCAAUCCUGCAAACCUCACAACCUGUCCGUUCUCAAAGCAGCUCAGCAGAGGGAGCUGGAGGCUGUGGAGCAGCGCAUUCGAGAGGAACAGCGACUGAUGGAUGAGAAAAUAGUCUUGGAACUGGACCAAAAAGUAGUUGACCAGCAGAGCACCCUGGAGAAAGCUGGAGUGUCUGGAUUUUACAUCACCACAAACCCACAGGAGCUGACUUUACAGAUUAACUUGUUAGAGCUGAUACGGAAGUUGCAGCAGAAGGAAUUGCAACCAGAGAAGGCUUUCCCCUGAGUAGGGCACAGCUCCUCUUUGUCCAGAAUCUCCCUCUGAACGUCACACUGAAGAACAGGCUACUUACAUCAUUUGCUCUGUAACAUUGGAGAGAAGCCACUGGUCACCAAGUGUAGAAGAAACAACUAAAAUUGUUAGAUUCCUUUUCUUCGGGGGCCAUGAAGAGCAGAGGGGGCAAGUAGAGAGCAUUGUGCUUCUUUUAUACCCUGCACCCCUCAGCGCAUGGCAUCCACUCUGAUUCCCCAUAUGUUCACUACCCAGCUCCUCACGUACAGCUGUUGAGGAAUAACUUGUGGUCUCUGAAUAAGAAAAUUAAGUUCUUUAGUGACCAAUGCAGUGUCCAUCCAGCCCAGAGUCCACGCUCUUGGGUGAUAUGAUCUGUGGAAAAUGUGCCCACAAGACCAGACACAGAGUUUCUGGGCACUUGGAAGGUAUGUGUAAGGCACAGGAUUUCUCAAGGAGACCAGUAAUCCUCUUCCAUGUGCAGCGUUGGCAUGGCUUUACUAACACACCAGAGACCAGACCAUGCUCGAUAUGAUCUUGGCAGCCAGUUAGUGCCGUGGAGGUGUUUUCAGAGUGCCCAGCUGAGUGGGUCCUUCUGGAGAGCAGGCAAAGGGCUGCAACAUCUUCGUGACGUGUAUGUGUGAGUGGAUCAAUCUGGAGUAGUGAGCAGUAUUUGCUGCUCCAUCUCAAAUGCAGCCUUGCCUUGCUACUGUGAGGGGGUGCAUGUGUUGCAGAUAAAGAACUGCAAAUGAUGGGAUGGCAUUUAACAGCUUCUGGUAUCAAAGGCAGGAACUGGUCUUUUUAAAAGCAGACAUCUGUCUGGAGUAAGCUCUCCUUCCCAAAGCAGCCUCUUGGCAGAUAACGACACAGAUUCCCUUCGUUGUGAGUUGCCACUUCUCUUCUCCCACCUGAAGGAGAAAGCCAAGCCUGUGCCUGCCUACUCUGGGGCUGUGAAGGCAGAUGUGCACUUUGUCUGAGAGGAGCCUGUUGGGGAUGCUAAGGGUUAUGUUACUGCAUGCUACUUUAAAAUGCCAGCCUCAUAAUGUUUAGAAAUAAAUAAUUCAUCUGCAAUUCA